AUGUAUCCUCAGCAAUACCCGGCGGUCGCUUCUGCCCCUCCGCCAUACACUUCUGGUAUGCAAUCGGAUAACCAACAAUAUCGAGAAUCCACGACAAGUUAUCACACAUCAAAUGAAGAACGCAUGGUAGGUUUUCAGCAACUUGUCGACCGUUAUGAGAUUAAUCAUACAUUUGCCACAAAAUUGCGCGCAUUAGAAGGCUAUGAAAUAGUAUUUAUUUGCGAUGAUUCAGGUUCAAUGAACACUCCGCUCGGUGAUUUGUCGGGUCCUUUUGAUAAAAUGCCAUCUCGAUGGGAUGAACUAAAACAAACUGUCUCGAUCGUUGUUGAUAUUGCUAGUGUCCUUGAUCCCGAUGGUGUCGAUAUCUAUUUUCUUAAUCGUGAACCUAUUUUUCAUGUGCGUAAUUCGUCAGAAGUAGCGCCGAUCUUUGCGAUGCCACCAGCGGGCCCAACUCCAAUCGUCCCUGUGCUGCGACGUGUACUGCAUGAUAAACAGCAUGAAAUCGAAGAACGAAAACUGUUGAUACUUCUAGCAACUGAUGGUGUGCCAACUGAUAACCAAGGUCAUCGAGAUAUUCGUUCGUUUGAAUAUGUACUUAAACAUGAACGUCGACCUGCUAAUCGUAUACCUGUGACCAUUAUUGCUUGCACUGAUGAUGAUGAUUGUAUCGGAUAUUUAAAUGACUGGGAUAAAAAACUUCCAUAUCUUGAUGUUGUCGAUGAUUAUCGAAAUGAGAAACGAGAGAUUCAAAAUCGACAAGGAAAACAAUUUCCAUUUAGUUUCGGUGAUUAUGUCGUUAAAAUACUAAUGGGUGGUGUAGACAGUUGGUUCGAUGAUUUAGACGAGAAAAAAGUCUCGACUGAUGGCUACGGGCGUAUACGGCAAGAUAACUAAGGAAAAGAACAAAAAAAAUUAUUGCCUAUGUAUUCUCAAGCAUAUCCAACCACACCACCUCCACCUCCCUAUUCAGAUCCAAUUGGUUCAAAUUCGUUACCUCAGACCAAUGAUGAACGCAUGUCAAAAUUUCAACAUCUAGUAAAUCGAUAUGAAAUUAAUCGAGACUUUGCUACAAGAUUAAGAGGAUUGGAAGGAUAUGAAAUUGUAUUUAUUGUUGACGAUUCAGGAUCCAUGAACACACCGCUCGGUGAUAUAUCGGGUCCGUUCGAUCACAAUCCAACACGAUGGGAUGAACUUCGACAAACAGUUUCUAUUGUUGUUGACAUUGCUUCAGUUUUCGAUCCCGAUGGUGUUGAUGUUUUCUUUCUCAAUCGUGAACCGAAAAGAAGUGUUAAAAGUUCCGACGAACUCAUUCCUAUUUUCGCUGUGCCGCCAUCGGGACCUACACCGAUUGCGCGUGUUCUUCAACAUGUUUUACAAGAAAAACAACUUGAAGUUCAAGAACGCAAAUUAUUAAUUCUUAUUGCUACAGAUGGAAUUCCAACUAAUGAGAAUGGGCAACACGAUGUGAAAACAUUAGAGCAUGUUCUUCGACAUCAACGCACACCCAUCAAUCGCAUUCCAGUGACGAUCAUCGCUUGUACAGAUGAUGAUGAAUGUAUAGGUUAUUUGAAUAAUUGGGAUAAGAAGAUUCCAAAUCUCGAUGUUGCUGAUGAUUAUCGAUCGGAACGAAGUGAAAUCCACAAAGCACAAGGAAAAGAUUUUCCGUUUAGUUUUGGUGACUACGUUGUUAAAGUAUUGAUGGGUGCUGUCGAUGAUUGGUUCGAUACCCUCGAUGAACGGAGGGUGACUGGUAGUGGACCACCAAAACGACGGGGACAUAAAAAUAGAAAGAAAGGUUCAUGUUCGAUAUCGUAA